CCGCGCUACUUCCGGCACGAGAGCACACUCGUGAGCACGUCAUCAGGAAGCGCCGGCCGUCAGGAUGCGGCAGUAACAUUGCAAUGACAUUUUGGUCUGAGUUUUAUUUUUGAUUUAGCGUAAAUGGUUUCGGCGACCCAGAAGAUGACACUUAAUCUCUGGGCGCGGGUUUUCAAUAUCACCAGGGUACUGCAUUACAGAGCAUCAGUGAUUCCCCUGAAUUCCCGGGGUUACAGUGUGCUGCCACCCCCCCAUGAUGCUGAGGAGAAAGCGAUCCUGGACAGAAUGCUGAGGGUCGACCAUGCUGGAGAGUUUGGGGCCAAUCGCAUAUAUGCUGGCCAGAUGGCGGUUCUGGGGAGGACCCAUUUAGGACCACUGAUCCAGCAAAUGUGGGAGCAAGAGAAGACACAUCUGCGUAAAUUUGAUGAGAUCCUGGCGGAGUACCGAGUGCGGCCCACGGCGUUGCUUCCCCUCUGGAACGUCGCUGGGUUUCUACUUGGGGCCUCUACAGCCUUGCUGGGGAAGGAGGGGGCAAUGGCGUGCACUGUCGCCGUGGAGGAGAGCAUCUCGGAGCACUACAACAGCCAGAUCCGGGCCCUGAUGGAGGCUGACCCUGAGAGAUACAAAGACUUAUUACAAUUAAUUAAAGAGUUCCGUGAUGAUGAGAUUGAACAUCAUGACACAGGACUGGAACAUGAUGCCGAAUCGGUCCCUGGAUACUGGCUUUUGAAGAGCGCCAUUCAACUUGGCUGCAAGGCUGCCAUUUAUGUCUCUGAGCGUAUCUAGAGGCAUCACCAAGACGUAUUUCUUAAAUUAAGAAUAAAUGGUUGUAUUUAUGUUGAUAUACACAGUCAGUUUAUGUCUUACACUUGCCUUCCAUGCUGAUUUAGUAUUGAAUUUAUAUAGGGGUCCUGUUCCUGGGCUCUGCAGUAUAUUCUGUUUGCUUUCAUCUUUUUAAAUGAAGUGAAACUCCAUGUUUUAGAAUCUGAA